ACACAUCCAACCGGUCAGCACUGUGCUGUGUUGAUAGCUGGUAGGCAGCUAGCUGCGAGCUAACCUGCCGAGCUACCUCCUCCUCCUCCGCCUCUGAAGCCAGCUGAGCGGAGCCGUGAAUGAACCCCGCGUCUCAAUGCAUCUCCCGUGGCCGCGAUGGCAGCGACAGAAACGGUCUGAGCGUGAGAUUUUAGCGAUGUAGCUAAAUGCUUGACAAUAUCUGUAGUUUAAUGUUAGUGUGAUUCGUGCCCUUAGCUAGCCUAUUUCCACCAGUAGCUAGCUGUUUUUCUGUCCGGGACAGACGGCGGCAGCUAGCCCCCUCUCUCGCCACUACAGGAGGAUGCUGAGGCUGUUCGGAGCGCUGGUUGUCCUCGGGCUGGCCCUGGCGUGCAUCACCUCCUGGGUGCUGGACAGCUAUGACACGGCUUGGCACCCGAAACGGAGCGUCCAGCACCAGGCUGCCGGGGAUGGAGAUGAAUCCAAACCGGGGAGCUCUCCACCAUUUCCCGGCGGCGAGUUGAGCAAUAUAUUCUGGUUUAUACAGGUGUCCGACAUACACAUAAGCCGAUUUCACGACCCAAGACGCAUUCCAGAUUUUGAAAAAUUCUGCACUGACACAAUUGAAGUGAUCAAGCCUGCUCUGGUGCUUGCAACAGGGGAUCUGACGGAUGCUAAAACGGAGAGUAAAGUUGGUUCCCUGCAGCACGAGGUGGAGUGGCAGGCCUACCACAACAUCCUGAAGAGGUCACGUGUGAUGGAGCGCACGAGGUGGAUAGACAUCCGUGGAAAUCAUGAUGCCUUCAAUAUUAUGUCACUGGACAGCGCCAACAAUUAUUACCGGAAAUACUCGGCUAAUCAGAAAGUGGGCUCUUUUCACUAUGUUCACAAAACUCCCUUUGGCAACUACUCCUUCGUCUGUGCAGAUGCCACUCUGACUCCAGGACCCAAAAGGCCGUACAAUUUCUUUGGUAUUCUCAACCAGACUCAAAUGGACUUGCUGGACACGUUCAGAGCUGAGAGUCUGAAAAGCAACCAGUCGAUCUGGUUUGGCCACUACACCACCUCCACUGUCGUCUCCCCGUCUCCAGGAGUUCGGGACAUGAUGAGAUCUGCAGUUGCAUAUCUUUGUGGCCACCUGCACACACUGGGCGGCCUGAUGCCCGUCCUCCACAGCCGACAUCCCCAAGGCACCCUGGAGCUGGAGCUGGGCGACUGGAUGGACAACCGCAGAUACAGAGUUCUGGCCUUCGACCACGACCUGCUGAGCUUCUCUGACCUGAGGUUCGAGCAGUGGCCUGCAGUGCUCAUCACAAACCCCAAGGACGCACAGUACCUGCACCCCGGAGUGGAGCCGCUGGGUCGGAUACGGAGAUCAACGCACAUCAGGAUCUUGGCCUUCUCAGAGGCCCAAAUCACUUCGGUGCAUGUGAGCGUAGACGGGGAACCCCUGGGGGACUGCCACGCUGCUGGAGGUCCUCUCUACGUUCUGCUGUGGGAUCCGUCUCUCUACCUCACUGGACUGCACACCAUCAGAGUUAAAGUGGAGGACUCGGCGGGCCGGUCGUCAGUGCGGGAGCAGCACUUUACUCUGGAGGACGACUUGACUCCCAGCUUUGGUUUCGUGCAGUCCUUCAUCCUCCUCACGGACCACUACAUCCUGGGCCGAGUGGCCUUCAUCUUCAUGAUGCUGCUGAAUGUCGGGGUGCUGCUGGCCUUCAGGUUCCUGCGUGUUCCCUCUGGGAGAGGUUUGACCUCUCAAGCAUGUAUGUCGCUGCAGCUGGUCAGCACUACGGACACCUUCUACUACUCUCUGCUGCUGUUCAACCUGUGUACAGCGUUAGGUCCGUGGUUCAUAGGAGAGCUGAUAGAUGGUCAUAGUGGAGCGUGCUUCGCCUUUGGGGUGUUCAUCGACGGGCACUUCCUGGAAGGCAGUCUCACUUAUGUUGUCGGAGUCGUUCAACUGCUGUUCUUCAACAUGCCCCUCACCUGUUAUCUCUGCUGGAGCCUCCACCACCGUUGCCGCGGCAACACCUUCCGAUCCCACUUCCUGCGGCCGGGUUGCCGCUGGCGGACUCUGGCCGUUCACCUCUUCAUGCUGCUGCUGCUCACCUGGCAGGCCCACUCCUGCUACUUCCUGCUGGAGACCUACGGCCCCAUGGCCUUUUUCCUGUCUCCGGUCCGCACGUGGGCACUAAUGCUCAGUCUGCUAUUGGUCUACCGCGCCUGGACAGGCCCCGCCCCUCUCCUUCGCGACCACAGCAAGAGCGUCUCUCCCUCUUGACAGUAAUUGCACUGUGCCACCACCAUUACCCUCGAGCCUGACUCACAGAUAUAUUUUGCUGUCACUUUCCACCCUGAAAGCCUCAAUUUCCCCCACAGCAGCCCCCACCCCUCCUUUCCUUUCUUUCUCUCUCUCCUCCUUCCAGAAGCCACUUCACAGAACAUCAUUCACUAUCCUGUUUAUAGAUAGUAUUGUUUACUUAAUAUGCAUGUUGUUGUAAAGCACCGGUGAGCACAUUUCUGGCCAUAUUCAUAGCAAUGUGUACAGUGUAAAAAAAACAAAAAAACACAGUGGAUACAUUGGGAAAUAGCCAACUUGAGCUAUGUGAGGACUAGUCCAAUGUAUACCACCAACGUGAUCUCCUGGGAAGGUGCAUCAAUAACACUCCACUUUUAAGGACUUUUCAUGUGUCACGUCUACAUAUUUUCAGCUUUAUGCGUGUCAUUUAAUGCCCUGUUGGGUUAACGUAAGUUUGUUAUAUAAAUUAAAGGAAUGCCUCUCCCUUAAAAUGACCAUUUUUAUAUGAAUUGUUCACCAUGUGUUACUUUAAAUUCAUGAAGAAACUUUUUUCCUUGCAUGCCUUCAUUGUAAAUGGAAGGACAGGUUUACAACAGCAAAGCAAACUCUCACACAACUCGUACAGUACAGGUGUAUCUCAAUAAAUUAGAAUAUCAUAGAAAGUCAGUCAUUCAACUCAAAAAGUGGAAAUAACACAUUAUAUAGAUCGUUACACACAGAAUGAAACAUUUCAUGUCUUAAUUUAAUUUCUUCUAAUUAUAAUGAUUAUGGCUUACAUUUAAUGAAGACCUUAAAUUCAGUGUCUCAAAAAAAUUUAAUAUUACAAAAGACCAAUUUUAAAAAGUAUGUUUAAUAUGGAAAUGUUGUCUUCUGAAAAGUAUGUCCAUCUAUAUGUACUCAAUACUUGGUUGGGGCUAUUUUACUUGAACUACUGGAAAUGGACUUUUCCAUCAUAUUCUAAUUUAUUGAGAUGCACCUGUAUAGUCCAAGUCUCAUUUAUCCAGUCAUGUGCUAAAAUCUUAAUAUUUAUAACAUCCCCGCCACGUCUCAUUCUUGCGCUGGCCCACUACUCGUCCAGACUGGGACGGACUUGCGGAUUCGGUCACUUAAUGGUCAGAUUUUAGCAUAAAUGGAUGCGUUUAGGAAGUAAUGAGCAUAUGACUGGAUAAAUGAGACUUUGACUAGACUGCACGAGUUGUGUGAGAGUUUGUAAGUGGAUGCUCUUGUUAAAGCUGGUUUCUAUUAACUUCAAUUCAUUAUUCAUUUACUAGAUUCUUGGCUGUUUCACCAGAUUCUCUGUUCAUUGUGAAGGCAUGCUAGGAAAAACCUAAUCAACCUAAAUUCAGGCUAACAUGAGGUGAGUAAUUGUUGAAGAAAUUGACAUUUUAGGGGUGAAAUAUUCAAGUUACAUACGUGAGUUAAGUAGUGAAUGUCAGUAACUCAACGUUCUGCCGUUUGGUUUUACGUCGGACAUGAAGAGUCUGGUUUAUCCAUCCACCCUGUCCUCCUUCCUCCGCGGACUUUCUCACUCUUUAUAUUACAUCACCUGACUUCUGGAGCACUUGCUGAGUCAGUGUCUAAUACUGCCGUGGUGUGAAAUGACAUGCAAAAAGCAAAAAAUGCAUAGUGAUAACACAAGAAAUGACCUAAAGAAUUGGCGUGUUAUUCAUACGCCAUUUUGGUGAUGCCAGGCUGGUGCCGCAGUUGACAGUAUAUUCUGCUGUGGUUUAAGCUGACUCAUUUACUUGAGCUUUAGCACUUUUUUGGAAGUGUUGCCUUGGCCCCAAAAGCCACUUCACCACUGCCAGAGGAUGAAUAAGAAAGAGUUCACCUUUUAUUCUUCUCUCUGAAAAUAAUUUUUCGUUCACUAACGAAGGCUGGACGUGCCAAACCGAUCCUUGUUUUUACUUUCAGACCAUAGACUGUAUGUAAAGUUGGAUGGCCUGACAGUUCUCCACCAAAAGUGAAGCCAAAACAUCUUGAUCGCCCCCAGGUGGCGGGCUGCAGUAUAGGCCAUAAACCCCGCCCCCUCCAUGUUGGUGGAUGGGACAUGAGCCAAGCUAAAAACACAUCAAAUUAAUAGUUUCUGUCAUUUAAGGUAAUUCUUAUCACAAUAAUGUGUC